GAAUUUUGUGUACUUUCACCGUAGUUUGUAUAUACAUGUACAUGUUUAAAAUGAUAAUAACGUAUUACUUUUAUUGAUAUAGUAUCAAACUGUAAGAGUAAACGUAUUAGCUUCUGAAAUGUAUAUAAAUGCUUGAAUUAUUAUUAUUAUUAUGUGAUUUAGCAUAAAAAUGUACCGUUUUUCAUUUUUUUAACUUUAAGAGGAUUAGGUUGUUAAAAUAAAAUUUGUUAAGCCUAACUGAAUUUUUGUAUCACUAUCAGUGUAGCCUAUGUCACUAUCAUAGUAGAUUGUAGGCAUAACGUAAGCCUAACUUGUGUAAACUAGUAAAUUAUUAUCUUGAGAUUGGACACUGUCUCUGAUGGAUAUUAUAAUUAAUUUGUAGAAACUUAACCCGUCCGUUUUGUCAUAGUUAAUCUCAAACACUGCGAGUGAGUCUUAAAAGUUAAAGUUAAAAACUCCUGUUCGUAAUACAACAUGGCCAUGGUUGAAGUUGAACAAGCAUUAAGUUUAUCUACGUCAUUUGAGAAAAAAGAGGAUCAGAGUCAGAAGGGAGAUGAAAGUAAACAUGAUCAACAUGGUAAUAGCUCAAGCCGUUCCUCCUCACGAGCAUCAUCCAAAAGUGGGGAUUCUUUAAAACCACUUCCACAAUACCAAUAUACCAAGGAUGAACUCUUGGGAAUCUCAAAAUCUGAAAGUGCCAAGAAGAGACCUGAAUAUUUGAACCGGGAUCACAAUAACUCUUUUGGUUUAUGGGACCCAUUGAACUGGUUUGCUAGUCUUCGCAAUGAAGAAAUUCCCCCUUCAGAUAACUUCCGACCGAAAAGACCAGUGGAGCAUGAUCGUGAAAGUAGUGGUCCUCCAAAACGACGACCUUCAGAUCCUAAAGAACGCAUUAAAGAAGAGAAAGAUGACAUAGUUCUAAGCCCACAGCGAGGGAGUUUUGUAACAGGAUGUCAUGUCACCCAGCAGUCAUCUCUUGUAAGAAGAGCCAGAAGCCCGCCAGAUGGUCGUGAGCCAGAAAGUACCAUUCAUAGAGAACCAACUCGAAGAAUUGGAAGUGGACGAAUUGCAAAUAGGGAUAGAGAUCAUCCUGAGAGAGAUUAUGGAUACAGUCGACGAGGUGGAGAUCGUCGUGAGGAACGGGACAAAGAAGGAACUCGUUUCAGUGGACGCUUCGGAGAGAGAAGGUUUGGUCGAGGUCGUUCUGGAGUGUGCAUUAAAGAAGAAGAAGAGCCAGAAUGGUUCAGUGGUGGUCCAACUAGUCAAUCUGAAACAAUUGAACUUGUGGGAUUUGAGGAUUUAGAAAAGCCCAAAGCAAAAUCUGAGGAAAAACACGAACAUAAUAAAGAAAAGCUCAAAGAAAGAGCUGAGGAAAAAGUAUCUCACGAUAAUACAUAUAAACAGUCUGAAAAUCAAAUGGAAUUACCUAAUCAUGAACAGUCUAGUGACAAAGCUCAGCCAGUAGUGGAUGAAUCUGAAGAUUUUGAGCAGACUGAAAAUGAAGAACCACCAAGAGAUCCAAGCCCAGGAUUUGACUUCAAUGAAAUAUUCCAGAUGGACCUUAUUCCUGGCAUAGUACCUAAUGGUGACACAGAAGAACCUAAACCCAAUAUCUUCAUUGAAAACAGUAAAUUCAGUAACUGGUUUCAGGAUGUAAAAACCUCAAUAGGGGAUCAAGAGCCUGGGGGUGACAAUCAGCAGUCUUCUUUCCAAGAUGAAUUGGUUGCAAACAUGUUAAAAGGUAUAGAUGAUUCUCAUUCACUCAUCCAGUUCUCUCCUCCAGCAAAUGCUUCAGAUACCUCUUUCCUAACUACAAAUCCUUCAUUGCCACAAAGUUUGUUUCAAGCAGAUCAUCUGCAGCUUAAUUUAUCUCCUCAGCAUAAGCAGUCCAAACCAACAGAAGAGAAAAAUAUUCUGGACAUUCUGAAGAAUGCCAACAUUAAUGUUCAGCCAUUGCUUAAUGGUGAUACCCUAGAAACAGCUGAUUUGAAAGAAAAAGAGCUAGCUCAAAAGGCCAUAAGCGUGGAAGAAAUUGAAGCUGAUUUAAAGCAAUUAGUCUUAGGAGGUAAAGAACAGAAAGAAACAAGUCCAUUGAAUAAAUUGCUGACACAGCUAAAGACAGACAGGAAGUCACCACCACCCAUCAGUCUGGGUCCAUUAGACAAGUCAAAAGUUUUACAGGAAGAAGAUAUUAUGGGUGCACUAUUAACUGACCCAGGAAGUUCUAAUUGCCAAGCAUACCAAAACUCAUACAUGACUCAAAAACUACACUCAGUAACAAGAAAUUUUACGGAUUCCCAAGCAUUUGAUCAAUCUCUAAGACUUCCAUAUCAGAUGAAUACUUUUGGCAUGCUUGACACCAAAAAGAAUGAGAAACAUCUUAAUCCAAUGUCUAGGCUGUCAGAGCAGGAAAUCUUUAGAAACACGGUUGUUUCUGUUGACACCUUUAAAAAUAAGAAUCAUCAGAGUCAUCAAACACAAGACUCAGAAGACAGAGAAUUACUGUCAGCUUUAUUACAUCAACCUUUGUCAAUUGGGCAAAACCUUCCUUUUGUGUCAAGCUACAACCAUGAUUCCUCCAUCCAGCAAUCUCUGAGUUUGCCACCAGGUGGCAGUGGACUAACUCCUAGACAGUCUCCUCUUACAACAGAGUGUCAUGGUCGAAUCCCAUCACCCUUAAUAUUUGGACAGCAACCUCCAGUACUAAGCCAUGCUCCAUCUCCUAUACAUCCAACCCAACUGUCCAGAACAUCUAACACCCUGCAGGUGGAGACAAAUCCUGUAAUACCUCGUAUUCCUUCACCACAGGAGCUUGCAGCUCACACACAGUCUAUCUUGCAGAAUGCUCUAAUUAAGCAUAAGCUUGCAGAACAGCAGGAAAAAUACAGGAAGCGACAGGAAGCAUUAAGGACCCAUUCACCAAGUAUCCAUGUCUCUGUAAACAGUUCUUCACCAUCUAAAUGUUUGAGCCCCACAAUGGCUGCUUUCACUCCAACUUCUGUGAUAAGAAAGAUGCACACAGACAAGUCGGACAGAGGAAUUGGAAAACUGGACACUAUUAGUGCUGUUAGUGGGCUGCAGAGUUUAACAGCAUCACAGAGUAUGAAACUAGGUCAAGACUUGUCAACAACUAAUCAACCUUCAAUGGGACCCUUUCCUUCCCACGUGCUAACUAUGGAUAGGUUCGUCAGGCCAGAUGUUAAUUCAACUGAAAAUACAAUUGGCCAGAUUCCCAGAGCUCUACAUGGACAAGGGGCAUCUCGAAUACAGGGCAGUGGUCAGCCCUUUACCAGUCAUGGUCGACCCAUUGUGAAAGCUGCUGGAGGAUACAACGUGAGUGGGGAUCGGUACUCAAGGCCUGGAAGUAAAUUUGGAAAUGCACCAAACAAACCUUUCCCAAUUGGUACUUACCAAAAUUCUCAAGACUUGGUCUCAAAAGUUACAGAACAGCAUCGUUUUCAACAUCCUCACAAUUUUGUUAACGUUAAUCGACCACCACCUGGCCACUUCAGUUCAAUUUCUCGUCCUCAAGGCCCAGUAAUUGGAAGUAAUCCAAAUACACCAACUCUUGCAAGACCAGGGAAUCUUAGUACUUCCUUUUCACAACAUUUUGACUCGGGCAACCUCAACCCUUCUGCACCUAGAGUUUCAGUUCCACCAAAUACAAUCAAUCAACUAGCUCAGCUGUUAGCCCAACAUCAACAGCAACAAAUCCUAUCCCGAAGUAGAGCAGUGCCAAACCAACUGGCUCUACAACAGCUCCUGCUUACUGCACACCAUCAGUCAGCAGCAUCUCAGGGUCAGUCUGUUAACCAGGGGAACUUGCAUACUAAAGGAGAUGGUAGGGGAGGUAGGUAUUUAGUACUCCUCAUCUUUAUAGAUAGUUGAGCUGGCAAACCACAUAUA